UUCCUUCAUAACAAAAUCCACUCCAAUUCACCUCUUCCUGUCUUCUCCCCAGUUCCGAGUUCGUCCAGUCGAGUUCGGUCCAGUCUGAGUUAGAGGUUCUCUGUUUGAAUAAACAUCUGCUGAUUCAUUAUCAGAUCUUUCUACUCGUCUUUAUAUUUUCACUUCGUUGAUAAAUCCUGCAUCAUGUCUGGCGAAGCCUGGUUAUACCUGCUCGCGGUGAUUUUGAACGCCGUCAACCUGUUCUUGCAGGUGUUUUUUACUAUCAUGUACAGUGACUUGGAAUGCGAUUACAUUAACGUCUUUGACCUCUGCAACCGUUUGAACGCCUAUAUUCUCCCUGAAGCCGGUGUUCAGGCUUUCUUGACGUUCUUGUUCUUAAUAAACGGAUACUGGAUCGCACUCUUGCUCAACCUUCCCCUUGUCGCUUACAACAUCAACAAGGUCAUCAACAACAACCAUCUCCUUGACGCUACUGAGAUUUUCCGAACACUCAACGAGCACAAGAAGGAGAGCUUUAUAAAGCUCGGAUUCCAUCUUUUGAUGUUCUUCUUCUAUUUGUACAGCAUGAUUGUUGCGCUCAUAAGAGAGGAGGAUUAAACUCUUAUCGUCGACAAAUGUUGUGCUUUUAUUUUCUUGCUUUCUUCAAAGCUGCCGAGAGAAUAGAAAGGGCGAUAGAAUUUGGACGAACAACGAUAGCAUGAGGUAUCGCAUGUAAAGUGUGGUUGUACAGUAGAAUAGGAGUCAAGUUUGUUGCAACUCCUGGAGAUUAUUAUUUUUGUGAAUACACAAGCCGAGUUACUUUGCGCUGAAUUGAACGAAAUCUAUAC